AGCGACCAUGGCGACCUUCAUCCCAUCGCCCCCUCCCAAAAUGCUUGGAAAGCGCGCCCGUAACAGCGACGGCAUCAAUAUCGACUAUUCGAAGCCGAUACCGUACCCGCCAUCCGAGGAAGCUAUAGAGGCGAUGAGACUCAGGAUUCUUCAGCUCGAAAACGAGCUGCGUGCCACGAAAAAGCAGAAGAUCACCCCGGCUCCGGUGCAGCAGACGACGCUCGCCGCUGUUGCAGGAUCCUCGAAAGCGUCCGUGAUUCCUACUGAGCGCGACAUAAAGGCGGAGGCUAAGCUAGUCAAGACGCGAACAAAGAGUCUCUUUGACCAGAUCAAGAAGGCGGCCAAAGCUGAGAAGUACCAGAACGUCAAUCGCACAAUUAAAGUAGAAGAGCACUUUUCGCAACCCGACUUCGAGCUCGUCUUUGGCAGCAGCGGCACGCUCAUACAGCCCACAUCGGCCAACAAGCCGACGUCGAAGGUGUGGAUACGCAAGUAUACUUCCCAGGCAGACUUCCAUGCCCUGUUCGGUGAAGCUUGGAAGCCGGAACAGCUCAAGGGGAAUCAGUGGAGUGUUGGGAGUAUUUUCGUUGGCAAAGGCCAGAAGCUUGGGCAGGUUCAGCUGAAAAUCCAUGAGAUCGAGGUUCAAUGGAGCCAGAACACGGGCAAGGGUGUCCUGAAGGUCGACAUUUCCGAAGAACACAUGAGCGGCUGGGGUCACUACAAUGAGUGGUGACCAUCGCUUGCAUACAGUUCCUCAGUCUUGUUGGCAAGUCCUCUUAGCUUACUAGCUUGUAUAUGCGUACCAUAUCGUCCCCAUGAAUCUUGGAGUUCUGCGUUAAAGCUUGUAAUAUGCGUUCUACCCUUUCUAAUGUACAUACUUGCACUCAACACCGCCCAUGUCGUAGAGCAUGCUCUUCUCAGCGAAAAACUCUCGAAUGUAAAUAUAUCACCAACCGCGGCCAGGACGAAAAUCCCUGCACCGGUGCAACGGGACAGUGGCCCGGGGCAGCGUGACAGGGUGGACCGUGGUCAUCCGUACAAAUGGGAUUGAAAUGCUACGCUUGCUCUUCUGCAUCAACUGCCGCGAUGGACGCUGCCGCAGCCAGCUCUACGCGUUCCAGUUCCUCGGGUGAACGGAUGCAAAGUAUCCGGCCAUCUUGCUUCCAAGGUCGACUGUCUUCGCUUUUGGUGUAGGCGUGCAGGCUCAGCUGUUUACGAUGUUGUCAGCAGGUCCCAGGAGGUCGGUUGAAGACAACGCACGAGCAAGCGACUGGCUACCACCCCCUCCACUGCUUCCGCCGUACUGUGCGAGGUACAGAUCACUAACGAAUCCUGUGAAAACUGGGCUGGACAUACCCGGGAAACGCAAAGAACAGCUUUUCCUGGUGUCAAAAUGGUCAGAGAAAGCUCGUACAACAGAGACGGCGUGGAGACUCACAUUCAGCGGACUCCACAGCGCGAGGUUGACCAAUGCGAGCGAGAGCGUGCCCGCACACGCGAAAAUCGAGUCGCGCAUUAGCAGACGGGCAAGCUCGGACGGAUUCUCCUGCGGGCGGAUCCAUGUGUUGAUGGUCCGUGCGAGAGCGAGAGCAAGCAGUAGGCCCUCUAACCCGAUCUUAGGGAACCAAUAUACCCACUCCCAUGAAUAGAAGUGGACAUCGAAGCACCGGCUCUGACUUCCUUCCGGUUCUGGGAGAGUGUCGUUAGUCCGGAGUGACAACGUUGGAGUAGAAUUCUCCUCGCCUGGACUCGACUUCGCGAGUACUGUGAAGAAAAUUACGCUGAACGUUAUCAAGAAGCUGAGCACUGUAAAGAGAAAGAUGCGAAGUUUUCUAUUGCAUUCGUAUAGCGCGUUCACGCGGAGGAUCAACACGGCUGAGGAAUAGGAGGUCAACGUCAUGUCAAC